AUGAAUGUGUCAGCAGAUAAAGAUGAUCCGGAGGUAGCUCUCCAGACGCAAAGUACUUCAAGACUCCAGCCAAGGGCUGGUCGUCCGAAGAAGUCGUUUGCUACCAAGUUAUGGGACUUGUUGCAGCCCCUUGCGAGGUUAUGGGGUCUUAUUACGGCGAUCGUGAUGAGCGGCGCUGGAACAGAGUUACUUGUAUUGGGCUAUGAAAUAGCACCAGGAUUGCUGGCAGGUGCAGCUUUCGUCCUAAUCCUGGAGACGAUGUGGGUGGUAGCUCUGUUCGUUGACCUGCUAUGCCGUCGUGGAGAAUACACAAUAUCACUCCGAUGUUGGGACUACAUGCGAUGGUCGUGCGGCAGGGCGCGCGCACCUUUCUACGCCUGUGUAGCGACUGCUCUGCUCUUUGCCAAUCUUUCUUUGCUGGCAACAAUCUCAGGUGGAAUGCUACUAGUCUUGGCAGCACUUCGAGCAGCGGUACCAUUUUCACCGUACGCCACUCAUGGCCCCCAUUCUCCAAGGGCUGGAAGCUCCCUGCUUAGCCAGCACGACUCUCCAUUACCAGACGUGUUCUACAAUGCAGGACACACUGAAGAUGACCGGUCUGAAGAGAUGACAGUUCUGGAUAUUAAAACAACUGAAAGAUCUCGCUCCGUCACUCCAAAGCCGCGUCUUCUUGAACUUUGA